AUGGUAGAGCGGGCGGGGAGCCGCCUUCCCUCGCCCCAGCGAGGCGCUGCCUCAUCCUCUUCCCAAACCCGGCCCGAAAGGUCGCCGCCAAGGACGUCUGUGUGUGGAGUCGGCUGUGCCGAGGGACAGUGGCUCAGGAAGGAAGGAAGGGCUGUGCUGUGCUGCCGUGACAGCCUCCCCCUCUCUCCCCACCCAGAUAAAAUCUGUGACCAGAUCAGCGAUGCCGUCCUGGACGCCCACCUGAAGCAGGACCCCGAUGCCAAGGUGGCCUGCGAAACGGUGGCAAAGACGGGGAUGAUCCUGCUGGCAGGGGAGAUCACCUCCCGGGCGGCUGUUGACUACCAGAAGGUGGUCCGCGACACCAUCAAGCACAUCGGUUACGACGACUCCUCCAAAGGCUUCGACUACAAGACGUGCAAUGUGCUGGUGGCCCUGGAGCAGCAGUCGCCCGACAUCGCCCAGGGCGUCCACCUGGACCGCAGCGAGGAGGAUAUCGGCGCCGGGGACCAGGGCCUGAUGUUCGGCUACGCCACGGAUGAGACGGAGGAGUGCAUGCCCCUCACCAUCGUGCUGGCCCACAAGCUGAACGCCAAGCUGGCCGAGCUGCGGCGUAACGGCACCCUGCCCUGGCUGCGCCCCGACUCCAAGACGCAGGUGAGG